UAAUUUCUUCGCAAUUUUAUUAUUUCUGUAGCAAAUGAACCUUGCAUAACUAAAAUCAAAUGUUUAAAAUUGAUCUGCAAACUCGAAUUCCUCUAAUUACGAAACUUCUGGAAUAUGUUUAGCGGAACAACAUUUAAAUAAUUUAGUAAAAACAACACGAGACACAGUUAGUUAAGGCGACAUAUGUGACGAACAAAACAAAAACAAAUUUAGUGCCCAUAGAUGACCACCGAAGAACAACUGCGAUAAAUGGUUCACCCCACUAGCAUGCCAGCGCCGUGGCAACUCUGGACGCAAAACAACAACAUAUGAUGCACAUAACCUCAAUCGAUAUCGAAAACCCGCAAUAACACCCCGCACUGCAUCCUCCCGUGUUAGCGUUUUUCCAAAUAUCCCACUAAAACUGUCCAUAAUUUGGCCAUCAGACUGUUUAUUCAGCGUCGAGUGAUAGUCGAGCAGUUCCCAUCACGCGGAGCAGCCAAUCCAUACUCUGAGGGAAAGCGAGGAAAAGUGUCAAGCGUCGCCAGCGUUUUCAUUAUUUGCAGACAGAGCGUCGCGUACGGAAAACUUUCAGCGGUGAAUAACCCACAGCUUUUCGUUUUUGGUCAGCGGAGAAGCAGCGCGUUGCAGUCGCGGCCGGGAAGAUGGGUAAAACUAAAAAGGGCAAGAAAGAGAUACUGACCAAGGUCGAAGACGGGUCCUCAGUGGACGAAAUCUCCGACGUGGACAGCGAUCAGGUGAGCCUCAACAACAAGAAGAACCAGCCACCCAAGGGCAAGAAGAAGCCCCAGAAUCUCUCGGAGGACGAGGAUAAUGCUGGUGAGGAUGUUCAGACGAUCACGAAAGCUGUCAAGAAGCUCAGUGUGAAGGGCAAGGGCAAGCAGCAGUCCAAAGAUGCCGAUUCCGAUGAGGCGGAGGCGCCGGCCCCCAAAGGCAAGGCUGCCAAGAAAUCCGCCUUUGAGCUUCUGAUGGACGACGAUGAUCAGGAUGAGCAGCCGGCCCAGAAAAGCGAAUCGGAAGAGGAGGAGGUGGUGAGCAAGCCCCAGAAGAAAAACGAAAAGAAGGGUAAGAAGGCCAAGCGGAAGGGCAAGGACGACGAGGAGGAGGAUCUGGACAAGGUCCUGGCCGAGCUGCAGGCAGAGUACGCUGGCGAAGCGCCGGCUGCAGCCGUUGUCUCACCCGAUGACCUGGCCGACGAGGAGUUCUCCAAGAAGAAAAAGAACAAGAAGCAAGCCCAGGCCAAGGCGCCGGCCGAAGAUGCUGGCGAGGAUGGAGCUGGCGAUGAGGAGAACGCGGACGACGACGAAGGCGGCAGCACCAUGAAGACGGCUGCCCAGAAGAAAAAGGAGAAGAAGGAGCGCCAGAAGAAGGAGGCAGCGCUGGCCAAGCAAAAGGCUGCUCAGGAACCCAAGCCUAAAGCGGCCGAGAAGCCACCACCAGCUCCGGAGCCCGAGCCAGAGCCCACUGAAGAAAUCCAGCCAGAAGCUGCUGCUGAUGAGGAGGAAAAGACUGGCAAGAAUCAAAAGAAAAAGGGCAAAAAGGACAAAAAGGCCGAGGCCGACGAAGAAAAAAAGGACUCCAAAAAGAAGGGCAUGUCCGCCGCCAUGGUAGCAGCUAUGCAGGAGCAGCUGAAGAAGCGAAAGGAGGAGGAGGAGCGCCUGAUGAAGGCUGAGGAGGAGCGCAUUCGUUUGGCGGAGGAGCGCGAAGAGGCCCGCUUGACGGCACUGCGUCUGGAGGCCGAGCGGAAGGAGAAAAAAAAGCAGCGCGAGGCAGAGCGGAAGGCACGCUUGAAGGCGGAGGGAAAGCUCCUGACCAAGAAACAAAAGGAGGAUAGGGCUAGGGCUCAGGCUCUACUGGAAUCCCUCAAAGCACAAGGUCUGGAGAUUCCCGAUCCCAACGAAAGGCGCGCCCCUCGUCCAGGAACCCGAAUCCGUCCCAACAAGAAGAGGGGUCCCAAGGACGAAGCCGCCGAGGCGGAGGAGGCCAAGGCAGCGGAGGAGAAGGCAGCUGCCGCCGCCGCUGCAGCAGCCGCAGCCAAGAAGGAAAAAGAGGAGGCUGUGAAGGACAGCUGGGAUGCCACAGACAGCGAGGCAGAGCCCGAGCCAGAGGAGGAGUCCUCGCAAACCACCACCAACAACGGCAAGGCCGAGGCUGCCGAGGACGAGGACGAAGAUACGGAUGAGGACGACAGUGAAGAUGAUGAUGAUUCCGAUGACUCGGACGACGAUAGCGAUGAAUCUGACGAGAAAGACACGGCCCAGGCCAACGAUCCAGAAUCCCGGAGACUGCGAGCCGAAGCCCGAAUCCUCAAGCGACAGUCUGAUGCGGAAAAGAAGCGCACCACGGACGAUCUUAGAGCUGGUGUGGUGUGUGUCCUGGGUCACGUCGAUACGGGCAAGACCAAGAUUCUGGACAAGCUGCGACGCACCAACGUCCAGGACUCGGAGGCGGGUGGAAUUACACAGCAGAUCGGUGCCACCAAUGUCCCCAUCGACGCUAUCAAGGAGCAGGUGCGGUACGUGAAGGCCGCCGUUGGCUUCGAGCAUCGUCUGCCCGGUCUCCUGAUCAUCGAUACACCUGGUCACGAGUCCUUCAGCAACCUGCGUAACCGAGGAUCCUCCCUUUGCGACAUUGCCAUCCUGGUGGUGGACAUUAUGCACGGCCUGGAGCCCCAGACUCUCGAGUCCAUCCAGCUGCUCAAGAAGAAGAGAUGCCCCUUCAUUGUGGCCCUCAACAAGAUCGAUCGUUUGUACGAUUGGAAGGUCCUGGGCAGACGUGACGUUCGGGAUGUGAUCAAGGAGCAGGCGAGCAACACCCAGAUGGAGUUCCAGCGGCGCACAAAGGAGGUCAUCCUGCAGUUUGCCGAGCAGGGCUUGAACGCAGCCCUCUUCUACGAGAACACGGACCCCAAGACAUACAUCUCCCUGGUGCCCACCAGCGCUAUCACCGGCGAGGGCAUGGGCAAUCUCCUGUUCAUGAUCACCGACUUCUGUCAGAACAUUCUCACCAAACGCCUGAUGUACUCCGACGAGCUGCAGGCCACAGUUCUGGAGGUUAAGGCUCUGCCCGGCCUGGGCACCACCAUCGACACCAUCCUGAUCAACGGCAAGCUGCGGGAGGGCCAGACCAUGGUCGUGGCUGGUACAGAUGGCCCGAUUGUUACCCAAAUUCGAUCUCUGUUGAUGCCGCAGCCCAUGAAGGAGUUGCGGGUGAAGAAUGCGUAUGUGGAGCACAAGGAGGUGAAGGCGGCGCAGGGCGUUAAGAUAGCGGCCAAGGAUCUCGAGAAGGCAAUUGCUGGCAUUAAUCUGUUGAUUGCUCACAAACCGGAUGAAGUGGAGAUCUGCAAAGAGGAAGUUGCUCGGGAGCUGAAGAGCGCCCUUAGUCAUAUUAAGCUGGCCCCAUCGGGUGUUUAUGUUCAGGCCUCUACGCUGGGAUCGUUGGAGGCCCUACUUGAGUUCCUGCGUACAUCUAAGAUUCCGUAUUCUGCCAUUCGAAUUGGACCCGUGGUGAAACGCGAUGUGAUGAAAGCCUCCACUAUGUUGGAACACGAGGCCCAGUAUGCUACGAUUCUGGCAUUCGAUGUCAAGAUCGAAAAGGAGGCACAGGAAAUGGCCGAUUCCCUGGGCGUGAAGAUAUUCCAGGCGGACAUUAUCUAUCAUCUUUUUGACAAAUUCACGGCCUACCGCGAGGAGCUGAAGCAGAAGAAGCGCGAAGAGUUCCGCUCCAUAGCCGUUUUCCCUUGCAAGCUAAGGAUACUGCCACACUUCAUAUUCAACAGCCGAGAUCCGAUCGUGAUGGGCGUGAUGGUCGAGAACGGGAUUGUCAAAGUGGGCACUCCAAUUUGUGUUCCCAGCAAGGAGUUUGUGGACAUCGGAAUCGUGACUUCCAUCGAAUCAAAUCACAAGCAAAUCGAAUCAGCUCGCAAGGGUCAAGAGAUUUGCGUCAAAAUCGAUCCAAUUCCGGGUGAAUCGCCAAAAAUGUACGGACGACACUUCGAGGCCGAGGACAUGCUGGUUAGCAAGAUUUCACGGCAGAGUAUCGAUGCCUGCAAGGAUUACUUCCGCGAUGACCUGAUCAAGGCAGACUGGGCCCUGAUGGUGGAACUGAAAAAGGUCUUUGAGAUUUUGUAAGAAAUCCAAAACAAAAUAUUUCAACUCAAUUGCCAAAAUUUGCUACAAAAAUGGAAAACGCUGGAAGGAUGACGAGUAUUGCUUAUAUAUGUGUCUGAUUAACUAAUCGAACUACAGACUGUGCGCUUGUGGUGUAUCCUUGGAGCGGCAAGGAUCCUAAUUUUUUUUCUUAAGCCUAGUUUCAUUUUUUUUUAUGGUUUACAGCCGUAGCAGUAGCCUUCGUCGUCAUCGCCGCUGUCGCUAUCGCAGUUGUCGCUUAAGAAACUCUGUUAUUAUAAUGGUUUUAAAUCAAAUUAUU